UCGACUAAAAAUUUUUCAAUAAAUCUGAGCCCUCAGUCGUCCUCAGACCCUCAUAAUAUCAGUGAUUUGAAAAUGUUUACAUAGAUAAAGUUAUUUAAAUAACAAUAAAAAUAAAAACAAAAAUAAUUUAAAAGUUAAUUUAAUAAUUACCAAUAUUUAAAUAUAAAUAAAAAAAAUGUAUUUUUAUUAUUUACCAACAACAAGCUAAGAAGGAAAUGAAUAACUUAUCGUAGCGAUAUGGUAACUAUGAGUUCAGAAAAAUCAGCCAGUCGGCGAAAAUCAACAGACAGUAAUGUUAGUGUUAAUGAGCAAAGGCAACAAAAUAAUGUCGAAGAUAAAAAUAAUAAAAUUGAAAAUGCGAAGACGAAAGAGGAAACGAAAAUAAAAAUCAAUGAUGGUAAACCAAAAGCUACUGCAACUUGUGCUGAAGAUAGUCCCAAUUAUCUCGUUUAUAAAAAGAUGGAAGCAAUAGUAGAAAAAAUGUUGGAUGAAACUGAUGGCGUACCUGUUAAAACUGUUAAAACUUUUAUGACUAAAAUACCUUCUGUUUUCACUGGGAUCGAUUUAAUUGCUUGGAUAAUUAAAAAUAUGGAAAUUGAUGAACAAGAAGCAUUAAGAAUGGCACAUCUAAUGGCCUCACAUGGCUAUUUAUUUCCUAUUGACGACCACUGCCUUACUGUAAAAAAUGACAACACAUUUUAUCGAUUUCAAACACCCUAUUUUUGGCCAUCCAAUUGUUGGGAACCUGAGAAUACUGACUACGCCGUAUAUUUAUGUAAACGUACAAUGCAAAACAAAACACGUUUAGAAUUGGCUGAUUAUGAAGCUGAAAAUUUAGCACGUUUACAAAAAAUGUUUUCACGAAAAUGGGAAUUUAUUUUUAUGCAAGCCGAAGCUCAAAGUAAAGUUGAUAAAAAACGGGAUAAGCUUGAGCGCAAAAUUUUGGACAGUCAAGAACGCGCUUUUUGGGAUGUACAUCGACCUAUGCCUGGAUGUGUCAAUACCACAGAAUUAGAUAUUAAAAAAGCGUGUCGAAGUCAUAAAACAAUGAAAGCAAGUAAACACUCGCAAAUUGGUGUUGCUGGUGGCAGAAUAUCACCGACGGAUACUAGAGAUCUUAUCAAUCCGUCAAUAGAAACGUUACAAAAGGAAAUUGACAUGUUGAAACAGAAAUUGGAUCGACGUAAUAUCAAAGUUUCUAAGGUUGCUGAAGCGCUCAUUGGAUAUUUUGAGCAAUACAUAGAAUACGAUCCAUUAUUUACUCAGCCGGAAUUCAACAAUCCCUGGAUUUCUGAUAGUCCAGAAUUAUGGGAGCAAGAUAAAUUAGCGAAAGACAUAUCAGCGAGACGUGUGAAACGUUGGGCAUUUAGUUUAAAAGAAUUACUUCAAGAUCCCUUAGGCCGUGAACAAUUUGUUAAAUUUCUUGACAAAGAAUUCAGCGGUGAAAAUUUAAAGUUUUGGGAAGCAGUACAAAAUUUAAAAACGCUACCACAGCGUGAUGUAGAAACGGGAGUAACUGAGAUAUGGAAUGAAUAUCUAGGUUCUGAUGCCAGUUGCCCUAUAAAUGUUGACUCACGUUCUUACGAAAUGACUAAAAAAAAUUUAGAAAAGUCUGAUCGUUGGUCAUUUGAUAUUGCUGCUGCUCAUGUAUAUCAUUUAAUGAAAAGUGACAGUUACUCACGAUAUCUACGUUCAGAAAUGUACAAAGACUAUUUAAACGGAUCAAAGAAAAAAAUCCUUCGAUUUGCUUUUAAAUUCUAGGCUUCUGUGAAAGGAAUCCGGAGUAUCGUUUCAUUUCCUGGACGUAAAGAACCAGCCACUGGACCCUAAAAAAAUCUGUAAAAAAAAUUUUCUAAACUUGAUACUGAUUUUUUUUUAAUUUUAAUAUUCAAAAUUUUUUGGAAUUGAAAAUUAAAAUCCAGCAAUAAUUUUUAUAAGUUUUUUUAUUAUUAUAAUUACUAAUUAAUUAAUCAAUUAAUUAAUUAUUUUUUUAUUAAUUAUACUUAAUAUUUAAUGUAUAUAUAUAAAACUAGGAAUUGAGCAAUUCUGUGUAUAGUUAACAGAUAAACAUAAAAAAAUAAUUAUAAUUAUUACUAUUAAGUAUAUUGUAAUUAAUUGUCUAAAAAUGCAUUAAAUCCGCGUUCAAUUAUUAUAUUUUUUAAAUCUUAAUUUAAUUUAAAAUUUCGAAAAAAAAAAAAACGAUUGCGAUACUCGUUUAUCGUCACAGAAAAAAAACAUACCAAGAAUUUGAAUAAUUGUUUAUAAAUAAAUGCGGAUUUAUUGCGAUUUAAUGCACAAAAAAAUUUAGACUAUCAAAGUUAUUAAAUAUAUCUUAGUCUCUUGUAAAUGCCGUAGUGUAAAAUAGAACGAUAGAAUAAUAUUUAAAACAAAAGAAUAAAAAAAGAAAAAUCAAUUAAUUUAAAUAAUUAAGGAGACUGCUAGCGAAUUUAUUUGGAACUUCUAUUUAUUGCAUCGUCUUGUUUUCAAAAUGAAACGAGAUAUGAAUGUAAUGUAUUUUAAUAACCCGAGUAAAAAAAAUUAUAUACAAUUAUAUUUAAAAAAUGGCCUGACAGAUAAAAUUAUAAGCUCGUGAAAAAUAAAUUAUAUAUGGCCACCUAUUAAAAUUAGUCAUAGAUAUCCACAUAGAGCAUAUAUGAUUCAUAUACAGAAAGUAUAUGAUUCAUUUAUAAAACGUAUAUGGAUCAUAUAUGAAGCGUAUAUUAUCAAUAUAUUGAACGUAUAUGAUUCGUACCCAUAGAGAAAUUUAUGGUAACCGUUCCUAGUACGUUUAUGAAAUAUCAUCCCAUACCGUUAUGGUAAUGAUUACUUAGAAUUAUGGGAUAUAGGCCCAUACUUUUUGGUAAAAGUUCCCAUAAGUAUGGGAACAAUUCCCAUCAUUAUGGUAACAGUUCCCAUAUCGCAUGUGAAAGAAUUACGGUAAUGAUUACCAUAAUAUAUGGUAACCAUUACCAUAUUAUUAUAGUUACCAUUACUAUAAAAUUAUGUUAACCAUUACCAUAACAUUAUGGUAACAAUCACCAUAUAUAUGGUAACCAUUGCCAUAUAUAUGGUAACCAUUACCAUAAUAUAUGGUAACCGUUAGCAUAUAUAUGGUAACCAUUACUAUAAUAUAUGGUAACCAUUAGCAUAUAUAUGGUAACUAUUAACAUAUAUAUGGUAACCAUUAGCACAUAUAUG